UUUGGACCAUUUCUGCUAGCAAGCGGUAAAAAUGAUGGACAAUAUGGCGCCGGGUAUGGAUUUAGCUUCUGGAUCUGUCGUUGUGUAAUAGACCGGCGAUCCGACAGGAUGAACCUCUGCGCCCAGUAUUUACGGCAGGCAGAGGCCCUGAAGGCUGACAUGACAGAUUCUAAGCUUGGUGCUGCAGAGGUGUGGACAUCACGGCAGGCUCUUCAGGACCUGUACCAGAAAAUGCUGGUGACAGACCUGGAGUAUGCCCUGGACAAGAAAGUGGAGCAAGACCUCUGGAACCAUGCCUUUAAGAAUCAGAUAACAUCACUACAGAGUCAGGCCAAAAACAGAGCCAAUCCGAAUCGAAGUGAAGUACAGGCCAAUCUCUCCCUUUUUCUUGAGGCAGCUAGUGGAUUCUACACACAGUUAUUACAAGAGCUGUGCACGGUGUUCAAUGUGGAUCUGCCUUGUCGUGUGAAAUCAUCUCAACUUGGCAUCAUCAGCAAUAAACAGAGCAGCACCAGCGCCAUAGUGAAACCACAGCCCAGCUCCUGCUCCUAUAUCUGCCAGCAUUGUCUCGUCCACCUGGGGGAUAUUGCGCGUUAUCGCAACCAGACCAGCCAAGCAGAGUCUUAUUACCGACACGCAGCUCAGCUUGUUCCCUCAAACGGUCAACCUUACAAUCAGUUGGCCAUUCUGGCCUCCUCCAAAGGAGACCACCUCACAACAAUCUUCUACUACUGCAGAAGCAUUGCUGUCAAGUUUCCCUUUCCAGCAGCUUCCACCAACCUGCAGAAAGCGCUAUCGAAAGCUCUUGAGAGCCGUGAUGAGGUCAAAACGAAAUGGAGCGUGUCUGAUUUCAUUAAGGCCUUCAUCAAGUUCCAUGGCCAUGUUUACUUAAGCAAAAGCCUGGAGAAGCUCAACGCCCUGAGGGAGAAGCUGGAGGAGCAGUUUCAGAGGCUGAUUCUCCAGAAGGCCUUCAGCUCUCAGCAGCUGGUCCACAUCACGGUUAUCAACCUGUUUGAGCUACACCACCUCCGAGACUUCAGCAACGAGACUGACGACCAGAGCUUCAGCUCGGAUGAGCAGAUCAGCUGGAUACAGCUCCUCGGCCUUUUCAUGUCUUUCCUAGGUGUGAUGUGCAGCCGAGCCUUACUGAAUAAGAACCAAGAGGAGAUCAUGGGGGAGUGCCCACUUCCAGCCAUCAAAGUGUCCCUGGAUUGGCUGAAGCUGCGGCCUGGUGUCUUUACUGAGAGUGCUGUUGACCAGAGGCAAUAUAUUUGGCCAUGGCUGGUGUCUGUUCUUAACAGCUUCCAGCCGAAGGAGGAGGAUGUGUCAAAUCCAUCAGCAACUCCACUCCCAGAAGAGUUUGAGCUGCAAGGCUUUCUAGCUCUCCGGCCUGCCUUAAGGUUGCUGGACUUUUCCAAGGGACACCAGGGCAUUGCGGUUGGCAAAGACAGCCUCAUAGUUCAUGCCCGACAGCAGAGACUCAUCAACUUGGGCAAGUGGGUAGCAGACAACCAGCCUGGUCUGAUCCAAUGCCGCAUCAAUGACGGCUUGCUCCUCUUCCUCACGGAUAUCCCCGAGCUGGUGGUGGAGGAGCCACAGGAGAAGGACCCUCCCGUUCUGCAGGAGUCGUCCAAUGGCGAGCAGACCUCGUAUGAUGGAUCGCUUGGCCUCAAGUCAGUGCUUUCGGUGGGGAAGAGCCAGAACAGCAGCCUGGAUCCUGGCGAGAGGCCCGUGGUCACGUUCAAGGAAAACAUCAAACCGCGUGAGCAGAGCCGAGAGCAGGGCCGCAACCAGCACCAGAGGGAUGGAGGCAAGGAGCGAACCAGCUUCAACAAAGGCAAUGGAGCUCCAGGAAAGAAUGAGCAGAAGAAAGAGGGCAAGCGGAAGAGUGAAGCAAAGAAGAACAGCCACGAGAAAGCGUCUGAUGCAGGGAAACAGGUAAAAUCUCAGUCUGAAAUGAGGAAGACUCCAGUGUCAGAAUCGAGGAAGACCCCAGUCACACAGACUCAGACUACCUGCUCUUCACAGUUUAUCCCCAUUCAUCAUCCAGGAGCCUUCCCCCCUCUCCCCAGCCGGCCAGGUUUUCCCCCACCAGCGUAUGUGAUCCCACCCCCUGUGGCUUUCUCCAUGAACCCAGGGUUCACUUUCCCUACAGGUGUGUCUGUUACCACCCCCUUUCUGCAGCCUGCCUCCCACCCUCAGUCUGCCAGUCAAGUGGCAUCUGGUAAGCCCUCGCACAUUCCCUACAGCCAGCAGAGGCCCUCUGGCCCUGGGGCCCUCGCCCAGGGGCCACCCCAAGCCCAACCUCAACAACAGCCUCAGCCACAGCAGGCACAGCCACCCCCUCCUCAGCCUUCCAAGCAAGCCUUGCAGCAGACUGUGCAGCUUCAGGUGCAGCAGCAACAGCAGCAGCAGUCACCCACCAAGCAGAGCUCUCAGCUGGGCAAGAGCCCUCCACACCACACCGGCAUGCAGCAGCCGUACAUGCCAGUGUCUGAGCAGGCUGGGCCGAUGUGGAGCCAGCACCAGACUCAGCCUGGGAUACCCAAGAUGCCCAUGACGGUCAAACAGCCUUUCUUCAUGCCUGCCCAGGACCCCAUGAAGCUCUUUGAGCACCCAAUGUCCUCAGCUGUGUCCAUGCAGCCUCCUCAGCCCAGCAUUGACAAAAAGAUGACGUUCCCAGAGGUCAAAAUGCAGGAUUUCUACUGGGAGCCGCCAUACCGUAUGGGUGAGGGGAGGAGCAGCAUGGGAGACAGGAUGGGCAAGCACCAGCCUGGAGUUUUCUGCCCGGACCAGGAGAAUACACCUAGAGGCCCACCAUAUGAGGACAACAAGAGCUCUCCUCUUCUUCCUCCAGACCUGUUAAAAACUCUGGCAGACUUUGAGGAGGAGGAGGAGCUGGUCUUUACUAAGCCUCAUGAUUUCUACCAGGCCUUGGCCGGCCCUCUUAACUCUGCUCCUGGAAGGAACAUGUUUUUAUCAAACCAGUCAAGGCUAGACAGUGCGCCUGAGGUAAUGAGCCAGUCCUCUCUACUACAUCGCUCUGUCUUUCCUGUUCAGGAGAACUCUUACCAAAACAACAGCAUCUUCAGUGAAGCCUAUGGCAAAAAUAUGGCACCCACACCAAAGCCUGAUGUGCCCAUGAUACACCAGGAGCCCUCCUUGUAUUCCCUGUUCGAAGGAACUCCAUGGUCUCCCUCCCUCCCGGCCAGCUCAGACCACUCAACCCCAGCCAGCCAGUCACCCCACUCCUCCAACCCAAGCAGUCUGCCAUCAUCGCCACCCACCCAUAGUCAUGGCACUUUGCCUUUCUCCAACUUUGGCCCCAUCGGCACACCAGACAGCCGUGACCGCAGAGCAGCCGAUCGCUGGAAGGCUGAGAAGACUGGUGUGAGUGGCUUUGGGUUGGACUAUCUGCCUACUGCCCCCGCCUCCUCUGCCUCAGAGCCAAACAGCUGGCACCAGGGUGCUCCCACCAGCAGCUGGGCAGCCCAGGACAUGCCCAUGGAGGACUCAUCCACCGUCCUCCUCGACAGCUUUAAGUCAAUCUGGUCCAGCUCGAUGAUGCAGCCGGGCCCUUCGGCACUAGAGCAGCUCCUCAUGCAGCAGAAGCAGAAGCAGCAGCGUGGCCACGGCACCAUGAACCCACCGCACUGAGGGGCCCACGGGCGCAAGCACUUGUGUGAAAACCGUACUGAAGAAGAGGAGGUGCAGAACCACAAGCUCCAAUCGGAAAUGUUUUUUUCCGGCGUUACCUGCGUGUGGAGGCUGGAGACGGCGGCCAAAGCGGACCGACAGGCUCCAAAACCAACCGCUCGCCUGAAACCGACGAGGGAGGUGCAGCCCUCUUCUCUCCUCUCCUCUCUCUCUCUCUCUCUCUCUCUCUCUCUCUCUCUCUCUGCCUCUGUGGCAAGGAGGGGCGUAAGAGCACCUGACCCGCCGCGCUGCUCAGCACGUAGCCGCUGCAGAAACACUGACUCAGAGGGCCGACUCUGAGGAGACUUCCUUUCUGAUCGCCACCCUGCUUCCUCUGGGGGUCAGAGGUACUUCUCCUGGCUCACUUGGGCUCUAUGGCUCUAUAACUCUAGACUCUGGACUGGACCACCGUCAAAACAAAACAAACAAAAAAAUACCUGCUUUUACCUGCUCUGUGUGACCAUUGCGCAGCACACACGGGAGAGGAAGAGGGUGUGGAUGUCACUGUGUGCGUGUUUGUGUGUAUGUGUGUGCAGAAGGUGGAGUUUUAAGGACAGGCAGGAGUGGCAGUGGGCAAAACAGGACUUUUUUUUUUUUCUGAAGUCUGGACACGUUUUUCCUGGAGGAGGGCUUCGUGUAGCUUGGGGCAGGUGGGUAAUAACGGGAAGAGAGAAUUGUUGACUGUAUUCACUGCAGUUGGUGUAACAAGUGUGUCUCUGUAUGGACUGCACACAGAUAAUAGGACAUAGUUUGAUGCGGGCAUGGAUUAUGGUUUCGCUGUGAUGUCUGGUCUGCUCAUUUCUUGGAAGUUUUUUUUUUUGUUCUCUUCUGUUUCUUUUUAAAGAAGUGGGCAGGGUUAUGGUACUUCUGCCUCCGCCAGAAGGCGGAACUGCUAUGAAUUGUACCAUGACAUAGCUUAAAAAAGAAACCGAAUGGAGGUAGAGCUUAGACUAUAGCUAUAGAGUGUAGUAUCAUUAGUUGCAAUAGAGAUUGCAUUUAUUAACAAUACUGUAUUUUGUGACUUGUUAUGUAGCAGUUUUAGCUUUGAGAUAUUAUUGGAUUAAUAUGUUCAAUAGUUUACUGCUAAUGGGGAAGUCCUUUAUAUUAUAUAUAUAUCUAUAUAUAUUAUAUUUCUCCUCAGCCCUUCGAGCUCUUCCUCAUUUCUUUGAGCAACACUUUAAAUUACUUGCAUAACAGUUCCUUUCGUUCAUGUUCUGCCUUUAAUAGUUUUAAGCAGCUUUACCAGCUCUCUUUGUGCCUGGUCAGUGUUUUGUUGUUUAUUUCCCCCCCCUCCCCCUGCCUUUCUCUCUUUUCUCUGUCUCUCUUUUCUUUUCAAAAGAAUUAUUACCAUCAUGGUUGGCACUGGCUUUGAGAUUGAAAACAAGCAAAACGGGUCCAGCAUCGAUGCUGCUGGUUCAGCUGUAUGGGGGCACAAGCAGAGGGACGCUGCUUAAAGGAACUCGCAGCCACUGAACUAAGGAUGAGAACACUUCUAUAGCCACUAACAGUAACUCAAUCGGAGAAAACUGAGUAGCCCCCCCCUGCUACUUACUGCACUCUUGAUAAAUAGAAAGUGUCAUUUCUUCAGCCGUCGCAGUCUAAAAACAGUAGAAAAGCUUCUUGCGCUGUUCUUGCCACUGUAUUUAGCCCAGUGAAAUUGUCUGGUAAACACCUAGCUUGCCAACGCUGCACUGGGAUCAGUUCUAGGUGUCACUUGUUGGCUCUCUCUUAGUGCUGGCUCUGGACAGGCUGUAGCUCUGUUGGGAUCACCAUUGGGCAAAAUUGCUCUUGGAUAUUCGCUGCGUUUCUCCAGUGUGGUCAAACUAGGGAGAUGAUUUUGUUUUUUUUUUUUUUUCCUUCUUUUUAAAUCAACUUGGGUCUGAUUUAAUCCAGUGAGACGAUUUCAAAAGCUGAGAUAUGGAGCGCUGAGAAAGUGUAGAGCACGGAGUGCUGCAGGGCCUUGUUUAAUAGGGAAAGUUUCAGGCUGGAGGUCACCGUUGGAUAAGCUUCAGUGUCUAUGAAUACGUUCAGUGGUUAUUUUUUUCAUGGUUCUACUGCAAAGGUAUUUUUGGAUGGAAGGUUAUCGGAGCGUCAGCUUCUUGUACGAGGGAAAAGCGCAUUUUUAUUUUCGUGUAGAGAACGUUUUAUUGACAACUUUAAAUGUCUCUAUUUGCUGUGUGAUUGUGCUUCUUGUUGCAUUUAAAAAUGUAUUUAAAGAAAAAUGAUUAAAAGAGGCAUAACAAAAUGAGCUAAAGUUUAACAAAGAAUUACUUCUUAUUACCCAAGCACCGCAAGGCUUUAGGGGGAGCUGUGUGCUAGUUUUGGCCCCGUUUCAUCAACUCAUGGAUUUCCUAUACAGUGUUCUGGUUUGCUUGCUGUAGAAACCUGUCAUUUUUGCAAUUGGAUAGGUGAGGGUUGGUGUGCAAUCUUGACUGAAUGUUCUGUGGAAGGCUUGCCGAUCACUACAUUUAAAAUGUGGAUAACCCCCUCCCCCCCUUCUUUGACAGUGGAUGUCUUUUGCUCUGGUGUUGUAUAUUAAAAAAAUUACUGAGAACAGUCUCUGCACCUUUUGGGCAGUAAUAACAUUCCAGUACAGGAGUCUAAGAAGCGGCCAGCUUACAGCCACAGCACAGAGAAAGCUAACCACUGAGCGAACGUGCCCAUACUCAUUGUAUGAGAAUCCCUCUUUGGAAAUCCUGCAUGAAAAUACAGCUUCUUGCCUUGUGUAUUUAGGGUGAAGGAGAUAUCCAGUAAAGAUUUUUAGAGGAUUUUGCAAGUUAGGUCAGGUGAAGAUGUCUCCUUCUGUAAUCAGCUUGAUUUAUUGUGUUCUCAUUUGUCUGUGGACAUUCAGAAACGCUGAAAAUCAGCUAUGCCUUUAAUAAAGUAAACCAUGUCCUCUU